ACCUAUCUUUCCAUCAGCCAAUCCACUCCACAGCCUCUGGAGACCACCUCACACAGAAGCAGAGGCCCCUUCUUCCCCGCUGCUCGAUCCUCCAUAGAUGGGCUCCCUGCGAAGCAGCACGAGCGCGGCGGUGGAGAGCGUGGACGCGGAGGCGGCGUGUGGGCUGCUGGCCUCGGAGCAGUACGGGUACGUGGACGUGCGGAUGUGGGAGGACUUCGAAAAGGGCCAUGUCGCCGGUGCACGCAACGUGCCCUACUACCUCUCCGUCACACCCCAUGGCAAGGAGCGCAACCCGGACUUCGUCGACCAGGUUGCGGCGCUCCACUCCAAGGAGGACCGGUUCCUUGUUGGCUGCCGCUCUGGGGUCCGGUCCAGGCUCGCCACCGCAGACCUCGUCGCUGCUGGGUUCGCGAACGUGAAGAACCUGCAAGGCGGUUACCUCUCCUUGCUCAAGAGUACCAGUUACCCGCAGCCGCAAGCAGCAAGCCACCAAUGAUCAAUCAAUUGAUUCUUUGGAGUUUGGAAAGUUUGUUAGUGACCUGUUUGUGUGCUAUGUAUCUAUCAUCCUUGGUCUUAACAAGAGGAAGCAAGUCCUUCAGGCAGCUGGGAUUGAAUUAAUUUCAAAGGGAAAACAAAGCAUUAUGUAUGCAGGUACGUAUAUUGGACUUGGACUUUGGACUAACCAAUUUCCAAGAAAUAAAAAUGUUUGGGCGCACAGCUGAGUACAUGUUUGACCAAGUCAGAUUAAUUGUAGUACUUGUUUUUUUCCUUCAUCAUACAAUUAAUUAAUUUGGAAAAAUUGCAUUUUUCCACUCCAGAAUUUGAGGGAUUACCUACUUUUUAAAAUCUCUCCUUAAUAAUAAAGCACGGAUUGACUCCGUGGGUUCACCGUUACAAUGCGCUUCCUUCCUAUGUCAUAAUACGCUUCUUCCUGUCUAUUUUUUUCUUGAUUUUGAUUUUUUUUUCUUAAUAUAUCUGAGGUGGUACUAUCUAUUUCUUCAACGGUGUGUUUCUUUACCUAAUAUUUGAGUCAUCUAUAUCUUUAUCCGGUAAAAAAAGAGUCAAACCAAGCAUUGUAUUCUUUGAGCGCUAUGGACGGUAAGCUUCUCGCCUAGGCCACGACGUAAAAACAAUAAAGAAUUUCAUGCUGGGGGUCAAACUUGAGCCCUAUGGAUAAAUGUUGCACAUGUGUACCAUCUAAGCUACCAUCAAUCUCUCCCUAAUAAUAAAGCACGGAUUGACUCCGUGAGUUCACUGUCA